AUGACUUUGGCAAAGGACAAUUCAUUAGAAAAAGCUUAGGUAAUCAUCAAGAAACUUACUCAGGAAGUAUAUAGCAUCAUUAUUAAAUCAUAUAACCCUUAGUGUGAGAAAUCUCAAAAGCAAUUGCUUAAUUACGAGGAAUAGAUAUCAACACUCAAGCAAUAAUCAAGAAGUCUCAAGAAUGAAAAUCUUCAGCAGUAAAAGCAGAACAAUGAGUAGAAUACCAUGUUAAAGCAAAUAGAGAAGCUUACUGAAUAGCUCAAAGAUAAGGAAAGACUGUAUGAUCAAGCAUUGAUCUAGUCUUAAAAAAUGAUAAACAGCGAUAAACAGAAGUUAUAUGAGGUCACUCAGGAAUUUCAGAGCCUUUAAAACUAGCAUAAAGUGCUGGCAGACCACUUUUCAAAGCAAGAGUCUAAGCACGAUGAAGCGACUCAUUAGCUAGUAGAUUUCCAAACAUAGCUAAUAUAGUUAGAUUCUGAACAUAAAUCUAUCUUAAAGCAGAUGCAAUAACUUAAAGAGGACUACGAGCAAAAAUUAAAGGAGAAGUAGUAAGAAAUAUAAAUGGUUUAAGACUAAGCUAAGAACCAGAUUAGAUCUAUAAUCUAACAAUAGUAAGCUCAGUAAGAGAUACUGCCUUUUGCUUCUGCCAGAGAAUACAUUUUUAAUCAAACUCAGCCACAAAGAAUCAACAAUGCUUUAGCUGGAAAUAAUUAGAAAAAUUAAAAGUCCAAUGAUGUCCUUAAAAAAGCAAUUUUAAUUGAUAAGGAAAUGUCUAAGAUAAAUAAGGAAAAUAGAUCCUAGUCAAGAGGAGCAACAGCUAAUAAAGGAAAAAAAAGUGUUAAGCGUAAUGAAUUGCCUAAUGAAAAGAGUGAUGUUGGUGGGGUUUAGAUUUAAGAGAGUGUUAAAGAAAAGAAAUAAAAAAAGUUAAGAUUUUAAUCCCCUGAGAAAAUAAUUGAAGAAUUACCUGAGGCAGAUAUUAGAAACUCUGUCACACCUCUAAUUCUUUGGCUUAAAAAGUAGCUUCAAAAGGCAUGGGAACGCGAAUUCAAAGUUAAAACGUUUAUUCAGAAUCUGUCUUCUAUGCAGCAACCUAAAUUAGAAUAUUAACUAAAAGAGUUAAAUAAGUAGUUUGCCAAGAUAAGAGGAGAAGUUGAAAUGUGGCAGAUGCGAGGGGAAGAUCUAGAGACUUAGCUUUUAAGAUGGCAGUAAAAAUGCUGGUCCAUAAAAUAGAUUACUCUUGAAUAGCAGAGAAUGAUCAAAGCAUUAAAAAUGGAAAGAGAAGAGUUAUUUGAGAAUCAAAAGAAAUUCAAAAGACAAGCAGAGUCUUCAUACUCCUUUACUAAAUACGAAUGCAAUAAGUAUGAAUCAGUUGUCUCUCAAUUCAAGAUAAUCUCUGACACCAUUGAAAGCUUUAGAGUGCAAACUAAUUAGUACGAAGAAUUAAAAACUAGAGAAAGAUCUUUAAUCAAUGAUCUGGAUCAGUAGCAGCUUUUAAUAAGACAACUUAAAUUUGAUCAUGAAAAUGCUAUAAGAGAACUUAUGGACUUAAAAGAAAAGCAGACUUUAUAUAAAACCACUCAUGAUUCAGAAAAUGAAAAAACAUAGUAUGCAUUUAGUAUAAUAAUGAAAAAACUUAAGAUCAAUGACUUGACAUCUUCUCAUGCCUAUUCAUUCAAAGAAAAAAUAACGGAAGACUUAGACAAGAUACUUUUGAAUCUCGAUUACAUAGAUCAUCAAGAUAAGCAAUUAACCUAUAAGAUUCAAGAUCUUGAGAGACAGCUCUCUGACUAAAGGGAAAAGUUUGAAAUUGAGUAGAGUACUCUAAAAGUUAGAAUGGAUAAGCUUCAGGAUGUCAAUAAUCUAUUGAAGGAGGAAUCUGAUAAAAAUAAUGAUAGGCUGGCAACAGAAGCAUAUGAAAACUAAAAGAGACUUGAAACUGAGAACGAAGACUUAAAUCAUUAAAUUUAAUGGUUCAAAGAGACCUAUCAAUAAAGACUGGAUAAAGUUUUGGAAUAUGAUGACUCAAUUGAUAGAGAUCUUGAUUAGUACAGAGAUUAAGAGUGCGUCUUUGCUGGUCAAUCAAAUUAUAGGAGUCGUAGUAAUAGUCAGAAUAGAACUAAUAUAGGUCCUUAACCAUCUUAAUCUUUUGAAAAAAGGCAUGCUCCUCUUCGAAAUGUUUCGAAAGACUAUUCAAUCUAAUAGAUGUAGUUCUUAGAAAAGCAAAGAAAUGACCUUAUCAUGCAAGCAUUUUCUGUUAUAAAAGAUCAAAUUUUUGAUCUUGUUGCUCAGAUGCGUUAAAGCUCUUUUGAAGUAACUUCUGUUCACAGUAAAUGUGAUUAAUUUAUGAAGGAGUUAAUGAGAGACUCCCAUCCUCAGUAAUCUUAUCAUAAUAACUAACCUUAAGAUCCCUUUGAUAAAUUUUUCAAAAUAUCAUAGGACUUUCUAUAUCUUAUCAAGGAUUAUAUCGAAGACCAUAGUUAAGCUAUUAAGUAGUAGCAAGAGAUUGAAGAAUAAAAAGAUUACCAAAGAUAACUUCAAGAAGCUGAAUUCAAAAGAAGGAUAGCAUAAGUGCUUCAAGUUUUGAAAAGUAGCUCACUCAAAGCUGGAAAAGCAGAUAGAGAUUUGUAGGAGCUAUUUGAUUAUCAGACCUACAUGAUAGAGGAAAUAUCGAAUAAAUUGUUCAAUAAAGAUCUUACGAAGAGUUAAAAUGCAAAUCUCUUUAUUGAUUCUCUGGCUGAGGACUAGUAGAAGUUCUAGCAGAAUAUGAUCCAUCUUAUUGGAGACUUCAACUAUACUCUAGACAGACUACUAUAGAAUCUAAGAGGUUUAUAAGAACUUGAACCUUCAAAAGAAAGCAUAGAAGAGCCAAUUAAUAUUUUGUAAAAAAGUUAAUAAUCUUCGGUGAUAGUAAUCAAAGAGGAACUUAUGAGGAUAUACGAAAAAUCUCAUAAAGUAUUAGAGAAUGGCUUUUAACUUCAUGGAGUAGCCCUUUAUAUUAAUAGCUAAGAUGAGUUAUAGAGGCAUUCUUUCAGAAUUAUAAAGAAUCUGAAAGAGCACUUCACAAAGAUAAAAGGAUCAUUUGUCAAGAAAAUGAAUCAAGACAUUGACUAUUAUAUCAAUCAAAAGCAAAAUCAAAGUGAACUAUAAUUCGUUAGUUCAGAAUAGUAUCGAUAGAUCAUCAAUAAACUGAGGCAGGAAAUUUUGGAAUUAAAGUAGAAUGAAUAGUUCCUAAAGAAGCUGACUGAGGAGAUUGAAUGUCUGAAAGAGUCUCUAGACAACUUUGACAUUGAGCUCAUUGAGCAGUGCUUGGUAAAUAAAAAUAUAGAUUUCUUAAAGAGUCCGAUGACUUAUUAAAUUCUUUCUGAGCAGAUUGGAUCUGUGAUGAGGGAAGCUAAGUCAAUCAAAGAUGACAGUUAAGAUGAAAAUAGUAAAAUAAGAAGAAAUCUCUCAAAGGUUAUAUUUGAUUUGGUACUAGAAAAUAGUAAAUUCAGAAAGUUACUUAACAAACUCAACAAAAUCAUAAAGUACCUUUGA